CCGUCGCUUGUCCGCUCCUCGGCCGAGUCCGCGACAUCGGCACCUCGAAGGAUCGUCGACCUCCGGUGCACUGCGAAUUCGGCUAAUAAAGGGGAGCUAGGGUUUGCGGUUCUAGGGAUUUGCCGCCGAGAUGUCGAAGCUAAUGCCGAACUUGGAUCAGCAGAGCACCAAGGUGCUCAAUCUGACUGUGCUCCAGAGGAUCGAUCCCUAUGUAGAGGAGAUCUUGAUGACCGCCGCACACGUCACUUUCUACGAAUUUAACAUCGAGGCUAAUCGAUGGAGUCGGAAGGACGUCGAAGGCUCUCUAUUUGUUGUAAAGAGAAAUACCCAGCCUAGGUUUCAGUUCAUUGUGAUGAACCGACGCAACACAGGUACGGCGUUUGAACG